AUGGAGGUGGCUGAUGAACCCAACGGUACCCACUCGACUGCUUCGCAGAGCCGCGGGCACCACCGGGCGUCAUCGAUGGAGGGGCUGAGCCGGCGGCGAGAGCUGCUGGUGCGGCGCUGCGACAGCGUCCGGGCCACCCUCGCCCUCCGGCGUCGGCUGGCCGAGGUACGGCGCGACCUCCUCCACCGCAAGCUCGACCACCUGCGCCUCGUCCACCGCAUCCAGCACACCCUGGACCACCUCUCGUCGUCAUGUCCAUCCACUUCAUCUUCAACAUCCAAAGAACCACCACCAGCCGUGCUCGAACAAGAGCCGGAGACGAAGAAGCGAAAGCGAGAGGAGAAGAGCGAAGAAGAAGAAGAGGCAGCCAUGGCAGCCGUGACGCUGGGAAUAGAUGAAGCGGACGAACGAGAAAGAGAAGGGAAAGAAGAAGCCGAAGCAGAAGCAGAGCGAGCCGGGGUGCAGCAGGAAGGAGCUGAUGGCGCGGAGGAAGUGUCGUCGUCGUCGUCGGCGCCGCCAUCAUCACUGGCGGCAGCAGCCAAGAAGAGGAGAGAGGAGCCGCCUUCGCCUGUGCGAGAAGAAACAGGCAAAGAAGAGGGCGGCGUCGAGAAGGCGGGAGACGGCGCCGAGAUUGGCGAAGCGCCCGUCGGCGGCGAACUUGGAGAACAGGCCACCGACGCCCAGGCAGGAGGGCGGGAGGAGGAGACGGUGCGCGGCGGCGAUGGUGGCGAGACGGCGGCUGGCACGAGUGGUCGGACGGGCGAAGGCGAAGCGGAGGAAGACGACGAUGAAUCGUCGGACGACGUGGUGAGCAUCGCGCAAGCGGCCAACGUCGCGGCUGCCGCCGUGGAGCAAGUGGCGGAGAGCGACGUCGAGCUGUCGGAAGCCGAAUUCGAAGACGACGACGACGAAGAAGACGAAGAAGGCGAUGAUGACGACGACGGGCUCAUCGACCACUCGGACGGCGAGCUGUUCGUGGAUCGCAGCUUCGGCCUCGUUCGGCUGCUGGAGGACCACGAGGUUUCGAUGGAAGUCGAAGCCGACCAGGCCGAACAAGACGUCGACAACAAAAACAAUGACGACGACAACGACAACGGCGACGAAGAAGCAGAGUGCGUGAUCGGCCGAAAGAUCGCGGCCGAGGAGGGUACUAUGGAGAUGGACCUCUUUGGCGGCGUCGACGAUCGUGGUGGCCUCGAUCAGAACCCCGACGACUCUGAGUUGGAGUUGACGUCGGAGUUGGAGGCCGAGUCCCAGAAGGCCGUCGAUAUGAGCGUGGACGUGUUCGGCGGCAUCGACAACAACCACGACGACGACGAGACCGAGAAAGGUGUGAACUCGAGCACGCUGGAGCUUGACCUGUUCGGCGGCAUCGGCAACGACGAAGCCGAGGACGACGACGACGGCCACCCACCAGAGACCGAGAAGGGCGUCGACACGAGCACGCUGGAGCUGGACCUCUUCGGCGGCGUCGACAACGGCGAAGACCAAGCCGAGGCCGAGGCCGAGACCGAGAAGGGCGCCGAUACAAGCACGCUCGAACUCGACCUCUUCGGCGGCGUCGACAAAUCAGGCGAUGAUGGAAAGAACGAAGAAGAAGACAAAGAAGACAAAGAAGAAGUGGGGAAGGGUGUCGACACGAGUACGAUGGAGGUGGACCUCUACGGCGGUGUGGUCGACGACGAUGAAGAAGGCGAGAUUGUGGAGGAGAUCGACCGGGUCGGGCCGCCGCCGCCGUUCGGGUCGUUCGUGUUCGAGGGCGGAUCGGACAUUGAAGACGAUGACGACGCCACGCAGAUGCCCGAUGGCGAUGGCGAUGGCGAAGAAGACGGUGCGCAAUCGUUGAAUGUCACGCUGGACGACGACAGCGAGAUAACAGACGACGGAGAAGCCCACGACAACGACGACGCGAGGAAGAACAACAACAACAACAGCUCGGAGGCGGCGGCGUCCUCCCAAGACGUGUAG